AUGCUCAACCAGCAGCAGAGUAGAAAGACUGGGGGGAAGUGCCUGUGGCUGCUGCUCCUCGCCCUGCUGGAUUUGAGCUUUUUGCACCCCCCAGGCUUCGCGUUGCAGGUUGAGGCCCCGAACCUUCCUCAUUCCAAUUGGGGCCCCCUAGAUUUUGCCUUGCAGCCUUUGCCUUGCAAGUUUGUGCCCGAACCCUUAUGGUUACAGUUUGGGUCCUGCAGCCUUUGCCUUGAAGAUCUCAACCCGAACCCUUUUAGUACCAACUUGGGCCCCCCAGAAUUUGCCAUGCAGCCUGUGUCUUUCAGGUUUGGCCCCAUACCCUUUGGUUUCAGCUUGGCGCCCACAGAGUUUGCCUUGCAAGAGGACAGGCCCUGGGGCCUGGUCUCCCUGGUGAAGCCGGCAGGCUCCUGCCGGGCAGAUCUGCGAGGCGUUCCUGGAGGAGGCGGGCGGACCGCAGUCCAGGGGUGGAUGGGGCAAGCGAGGACUGACCCCAUUGUACCCUUUGUAGAAGCCGCCAACACCCACAGCUUCUCCAGCCACCCAACUGUGGGCAUCGACCUUGGGCGCCGGAGAUCAGGACUGACCGCACCCGCCCGACCCAAUCCCAAGGACAGAACGUGGAGUGUCCCCACCGACCCCACAGGGUACCUGAAUUGUGACACGGACGAUGGGGGUGAGGCCAAUGAGGGCAGCCCCGGGGAUGAGCUCUUCGACACGGUCAACUCUUCCCUCGUGUCCGGCGACAGCAUCUGCUUCUUGGUCGACGUCAACCUGGAGGUCCAGCAGAGCCUCGCAGACAGUGAAGGGUCCGGCUGUGUGCUGCUGCACACAUCCAGGAAGUACCUGAAGCUGAAAGACUUUGAGGAGGAGAUCCGGGCACACCGGAAACUGGACGGCUUCCUGCCCUGGGCCAGCAUCCUCCUGGGCGAAACGGCCACGCCCCUGGACGAUGUCCUGUGCAAGUUGCUCAGACAUUUCACCGAAGAUGCCGACAGCACCGAGCCCAACUGCAACUUCGACAAGAUCAUGAGCACCCUGAUCACCGACUUGAGCACCCACUUCGGUUCUCCACUUGACACCGCAUGUCUUUGUCUCCCCGGUCCACCUUCUCUCAUCAUCCAGGGGAUGACGGCCACGGUGAUGGGGGUCCAGUACCAGCAGUCCUGGCUGUGCAUCGUCUGCACCAUCAAGACCCUGCAAAGGUGCCAUAUUUGUAUCAGCCGACUGGAGCAACCUCAGAACUGGGGAGAGAACUCCUGUGAGGUGAGCAUCGUCAUCCUCAUGCUGGCACCGCCCGAGAUGAAGAGCACCAAGACAAUAAUAAUGUUGGUGGGACGGAACUUCGCCACCGUAUUUUUCGACAUCACCUUCCACCUGAAGCUGCUGGAGACCAAGACGGAGGAGGAGUUCAAGGAGGCCCUGGUGCACCAGCCAUAUCUGCUGACCAUGGUCAACCAACACCUGCCGGCCGGCUUCAGCGAAACCCUCAAGGAAUCCGGCCACAAGGCCCUCCGGUUGAACGACUUCUUCUGGGUCAGGAAAGGCAUCCUGGAUGACAUUGCCCAGCGAUUCCCAAUGUUUGCGCUGGACUUGACCUAUGUUAGGCAACCAGAGGGCAUCAUCAGAAGCAACAAGGCGGUGGGGAAGUACAUCACCACGAUGAUGUUCCUGUACUUUGACUGCCUUUUGCCUACCAUAGCCUUUGGCUCCCUCAAUGACGAGAACACACACGGUUCCAUAGACGUGCAGAAGACUAUCGUGGGCCAGUGCAUCAGCGGGCUGCUAUACGCUCUGUUCACUGGGCAGCCCCUGGUCGUGCUCCUGACCACCACCCCUCUAGUGCUCUACAUCAACGUGAUCCAGGGCAUCUGUGAUGACUACAGCCUGGACUUCCACAUCUACGCUUGGACAGGGCUGUGGAACAGCUUCUUCCUCAUCCUCUACGCCGUCUUCAAUUUCAGCCUGCUCAUGAAACUCUUUAAGCGGUGGAUCAUCGCCCUGUUCAUCUCCAUCACCUUUGUACUCGACCCCAUCAAGGGGAUCAUCACAAAAGUGGUUGGUGACAGGACAGGCAUCAAAAGUGCCCGGGGAAUGGUUGAAGACUGUAGGGGUCGCCCUGCCAAUGGACCCCCAGGCAUGAACCAGACCGGCGGGCAUGAGCUGGCACACUACAGGCAGGAGACAGCCGUGCUGAGCCUCAUGAAUAUGCUGGGGACCCUCUGGCUGGGCCACACCCUCUACCAGUUCAAGAAGACCCCUACCUGCAUGCACGCCCACAUUCGGGAGAUCCUGUCCGACUGCGCAGUGCUCAUCUCGGUGCUCACCUUCUCCCUUGUAGGCUCCUAUUUCUUCCAGGAGAUAGAGAUAUCCAAGUUCAGCUACAACCCCAGUGAGAACCUGCUUGAGCUGGCUCCGGUGCACUUGCUGUCCAGUGGUGUGGCCCUGAGAGCCAUGGGCCUGGGCUUCUUGAUGUCCAUGUUCUUUUUCAUCGAGCAGAACAUCGUGGCAUCGCUGGCCAAUGACCCCAAAAACAGGUUGGUAAAAGGCACAGCUUACCACUGGGACCUGCUGCUGGUGGCUCUAAUCAACACGGGGCUGUUCCUGUUCGGUCUGCCUUGGAUCCAUGCUGCCUACCCACACUCGCCCAUGCAUGUCCGAGCCCUGGCCUUCGUGAAGGAGCACGUGGAGAAUGGGCACAUCUAUGAGACGACCAUGAGUGUGAAGGAGACUCGACUGACCAUCCUGGUGGCCAACGCCCUGGUGGGGUUGUUCCCCCUGCUGCUGCCCUUCCCGCUGCAGUAUCCCGUGGUCUAUGGCCUGUUCCUCUACAUCGCCCUCACCUCCAUCGAUGGCAACCAGCUGUUGGAGCGGGUUGCCCGGCCCCCUCCCGCUCCUACGGCCUACUCUCCAGUGCAUUGCAUCUGGCGGGUACCCCAGCGAACCAUCCACUACUUCACCGUGCUGCAGGUGCUCCAGCUGCUGCUCCUCUGUAUGUUCGGCAUGUCUCCUCUGCCCUACAUGAAGAUGAUCUUCCCCCUCAUCAUGAUUGCCAUGAUCCCCAUUAGGUACAAUCUGCUGCCCAGGAUAAUCAAAGCCAAGGACCUAGUUGCCAUGGACGCAGAGCACUAG